AUGUCAAGCAAUAUAUUUGGUCAACCCCCCUCCGGGACAGACCUCGCUGCGGACCGACGUGGGGUAAACAAUGCCGCUGUAACCUCGGCGUAUAUCAUCGCAGCAUGUGCCAUUGGACUCCGAUUUCUUGCCCGAGCGCGAGUGCAGCGGUCUGCAUUUGCCGCAGAUGAUUGGAUAAUACUGGCUUCUCUUCUGGGUGUGACUGCAAGCUUUGCUUCUACCAUCAUCGGGGGACAGUAUGGCCUGGGAAAGCACGUCUGGGUCGUUCCGCUACAUGGCGUGGUGAAAGUGAUCCGGAUACUCUUCGCAUAUGUCCUCUUCUAUGUCUGGACCGUGCCACUCAUCAAGCUCUCGGUAUUGCUCUUUUACCGUCGUAUUUUCGGGAUGAACAAGGCGAUGUGGACUUGCGUCGGGCUGACCAUUGGAUAUUGUGUCUCUUGCACGAUCGCCUUUUUUGUUUGCUGUAGACCAGUCUCAUAUUAUUGGACACAGUAUGCAGAUCCCGAUGGAGAAAAAUGCGUGUUUAAUAUGUAUCCCUUCUAUCUCGGCAAUGCUGCAGCAAGUGUCACCACAGAUGUGCUAAUCUUGUUGGUUCCUAUUCCCAUCGUUUGGAAACUCCACAUGAGAACCACCCAGAAGCUCCUGGUUUGCAGCAUCUUUAUGCUAGGUGGAUUUGCCUGCAUGGCGAGCCUCGUUCGAAUAUACUACAUGACGUUCCUCAGCAAGUCAGCGAAUAUCACAUGGAUCAUGGGAGAUGUCUUCAUCUGGUCCAGUGUCGAGCCAUGCGUGGGCAUUGUCUGCGCCUGUCUGCCUACCCUGCAACCGCUGUUCCGACAUACUCUUCAGCAACUUUUCGGUUCCCGAGUCGGGCGGUAUCUGGGCAGUUCGGCGAACAAACCGUCCGAUAAAGGUAGAAGUAAAACUAGUGUCAGGAAGUCUAGGGAUUGGGACGAGACUCUACUUGCAACGCAGUCCGUUCAAGUAGAAAUGGAUGAGUCCAGGAGAGGCAGGAUGAGCGAGGAAGGCAAAAUCACUGUCGAGACCCAUUUUCGACUGGUAGAGGAGACGAGGCACGACAGAUAG